AUAGCACGCUUGCGCGGCUGUCAUAGGGCUGCUUGGUUGGUCAGUGGGGAGUCGGCGCCUGCGUACUAAGACCCGUGUGCUGCAGCGGCGGCGGCGGUAGAGGCGGCGGCGGCGGGCUCGGGGGCAGCGGUUGGGCUCGCGGCGAGCGGACGGGGUUGAGUCAGUGCGUUCACGCGAGCUGGAAUCGAAGCCUCUUAAAAUGGCAGAUGAUUUGGACUUCGAGACAGGAGAUGCAGGGGCCUCAGCCACCUUCCCAAUGCAGUGCUCAGCAUUACGUAAGAAUGGCUUUGUGGUGCUCAAAGGCCGGCCAUGUAAGAUCGUCGAGAUGUCUACUUCGAAGACUGGCAAGCACGGCCACGCCAAGGUCCACCUGGUUGGUAUUGACAUCUUUACUGGGAAGAAAUAUGAAGAUAUCUGCCCGUCAACUCAUAAUAUGGAUGUCCCCAACAUCAAAAGGAAUGACUUCCAGCUGAUUGGCAUCCAGGAUGGAUACCUAUCAUUGCUCCAAGACAGUGGGGAGGUGCGAGAGGACCUUCGUCUGCCUGAGGGAGAUCUCGGCAAGGAGAUUGAGCAGAAAUAUGACUGUGGAGAAGAGAUCCUGAUCACGGUGCUGUCUGCCAUGACAGAGGAGGCAGCUGUUGCAAUCAAGGCCAUGGCAAAAUAACUGGCUCCCAGGGUAGCAGUGGUGGCAGCAGCAGUGAUCCUCAAGCCUGCAGAGGCCCCCUCCCCUGGCCUGGCUUGGCUCUGGCCAGGCAGGGCUGGACUCCUACACAAUUUAUUUGACGUUUUGUUUUGGUUUCCUCCACCCCCUCAAUCUGUCGGGGAGCCCUUGCCCUUCACCCAGCUCCCUUGGCCAGGAGUAAGAAAGCCAUGGCCUUGGUGAAGCUGCCCUCCUCUUCUCCCCUUGCACUACAGCCCUGGUGGGGGAGAGGGGGUGGGUGCUGCUUGUGGUUUAGUUUUUUUUUUUUUUUUUUUUUUUUUUUUAAAUUCAAUCUGGAAACUGAAAGCUGUGGAUUCUGGCAAAUGGUCCCUGUGCCCUUCCUCCACUCAUUCCUCGUCUGAUCCUGUUCCCCAUAGCCCUUUACCCCAAGCACCACCCCAUAGACUGGGGACCAGCCCCCUCCCCUGCCUAUGUCUCUCCCCAAACCCCUUUAGAUGGGGAAGAAAGAGGAGAGGGGAGGGGACCUGCCUCCUCAGGCAUCUGGGAGGGCUGUGCCCCCAUGGGCUUCAUCCUUUCCUGAGGGCUCUCCCCGACACAUUUGUUAAAAUCAAACCUGAAUAAAACUACAAGUUUAAUAUGAA